GAUUAUGAAAAUGAUAAUUACAAUAAGGUUUUAAGUCAUAAAAAGCGAAAAAUUUCUGAAGUUGAUCAAAUGUAUUUUGACGAAUUAAGAUCUUGGGAAAAAGAAAAAUUUGUGAAAGAACAAGAGUUCAAAUUUAAGUUAGAGAUGGAACGGAUGAAAAAAGAAUUUCAGUAUAAUUUGAAAGUUAAAGAACUUGAGCUAAAGUACAAAGAGUAG